AUGUUGACCAAAUUCGAGACCAAGAGUAACCGAGUUAAGGGUCUCAGCUUCCACCCGAAACGACCAUGGAUCCUCGCCAGUCUCCACAGCGGCGUCAUCCAGUUAUGGGAUUACCGCAUGGGAACCCUCAUCGACAAAUUCGACGAACACGAUGGUCCCGUUCGCGGUGUUCAUUUUCACAAUUCUCAACCUCUAUUCGUCUCCGGAGGUGAUGAUUACAAGAUCAAGGUUUGGAACUACAAACUGCAUAGAUGUUUGUUCACUCUUUUAGGUCAUUUAGAUUACAUCCGCACCGUUCAAUUUCAUCACGAGAGUCCUUGGAUUGUCAGUGCUAGUGAUGAUCAAACCAUUCGCAUCUGGAACUGGCAGUCGCGAACCUGCAUUUCUGUUUUGACUGGUCAUAAUCAUUAUGUUAUGUGUGCGCUUUUUCACCCUAAGGACGAUCUCGUUGUGUCUGCGUCGUUGGAUCAGACUGUUCGCGUUUGGGAUAUCGGGUCUCUUAAGAGGAAGAAUGCGUCUCCUGCGGAUGAUAUACUUAGGUUGAGUCAGAUGAAUACUGAUCUUUUUGGUGGGGUUGAUGCUGUUGUUAAGUAUGUUUUGGAAGGUCAUGACCGUGGUGUUAACUGGGCUUCUUUUCAUCCCACACUGCCUCUUAUUGUCUCUGCUGCUGAUGAUAGACAGGUUAAGAUUUGGAGGAUGAACGACACAAAGGCAUGGGAAGUAGAUACUUUGAGAGGGCACAUGAAUAAUGUUUCAUGUGUAAUGUUCCAUGCCAAACAGGAUAUCAUUGUCUCAAAUUCUGAAGACAAAAGUAUUCGCAUAUGGGAUGCGACAAAGCGAACUGGAAUUCAAACAUUUCGCCGAGAGCAUGAUAGGUUUUGGAUUCUUGCUGCACAUCCUGAAAUGAAUUUAUUAGCGGCUGGUCAUGACAGUGGUAUGAUUGUUUUUAAGUUGGAGAGGGAAAGGCCUGCUUUCACGGUUAGUGGGGAUUCUUUAUUCUACACAAAAGAUCGGUUCUUGUGUUUCUAUGAAUUUUCAACACAAAGAGACGUGCAAGUACUUCCAUUUCGACGACCGGGUUCCUUAAGCUUGAAUCAAAGUCCAAAGACUCUUUCCUAUAGCCCAACUGAAAAUGCAUUUCUUUUGUGUUCAGAUGUAGAUGGUGGAUCUUAUGAGUUGUAUUGCAUAUCAAAGGAUGGUUAUGGUAGGGGAGACGUGCAAGAUGCAAAAAAAGGUCACGGGGGAUCUGCAGUCUUUGUUGCUCGUAAUCGAUUUGCCGUGCUUGAGAAGAGCACCAAUCAAGUCCUUAUCAAAAGUUUGAAGAACGAUAUUGUUAAAAAGAGUGCCCUUCCAAUUGCCACUGAUGCUAUAUUCUAUGCAGGAACAGGCAACUUACUUUGUAGGUCUGAGGAUAGGGUUGUUGUGUUUGAUCUUCAACAGAGGAUUGUUCUUGGUGAUCUCCAGACCCCUUUUAUCAAAUAUGUUGUCUGGUCUAAUGACAUGGAACAUGUUGCUUUGCUAAGCAAGCAUGCCAUUAUAAUAGCUAGCAAGAAGCUUGUGCACCAAUGCACUCUCCAUGAAACAAUCCGUGUAAAAAGUGGAGCUUGGGAUGACAAUGGUGUUUUCAUUUAUACUACACUAAAUCACAUUAAAUAUUGUCUUCCCAAUGGAGAUAAUGGGAUUAUAAAAACACUGGAUGUUCCAAUUUAUAUCACAAAGGUUUCAGGAAAUGUAAUCUUCUGUUUGGACCGGGAUGGAAAAAGCCGAGUAAUAACUAUUGAUGCAACUGAAUAUAUUUUUAAGCUUUCCCUCUUCAAAAAAAAAUAUGACCAUGUUAUGAACAUGAUAAAGAACUCUCAACUCUGUGGGCAGGCCAUGAUUGCUUAUCUUCAACAGAAGGGCUUUCCUGAGGUGGCCCUGCAUUUUGUGAAAGAUGAAAAAAUUCGGUUCAACUUGGCUUUAGAAAGUGGUAAUAUUCAAAUUGCAGUUGCAUCAGCCACUGCAAUUGAUGAGAAAGACUACUGGUAUCGUUUAGGGGUUGAGGCUCUUCGCCAAGGUAAUGCUGGCAUAGUAGAGUAUGCAUAUCAGAGGACAAAAAAUUUUGAGAGGUUGUCUUUCCUUUAUCUUGUAACUGGCAACUUGGAGAAACUUUCGAAGAUGUUGAAAAUUGCUGAAGUGAAGAAUGACGUAAUGGGCCAGUUUCACAAUGCCUUGUAUAUGGGCGAUGUUCGAGAACGCGUCAAGGUCUUGGAGAAUGUGGGCCAUUUGCCUCUUGCUUACAUCGCUGCAUCAGUCCAUGGGUUGCAUGACGUUGCUGAACGGCUUGCAACUGAACUUGGAGAUAAUGUUCCAUCUUUGCCUGAGGGGAAAGUGCCGUCUCUCUUGAUACCUCCUUCACCUGUCAUGUGUGGAAGUGAUUGGCCCCUUCUUAGGGUUAUGCGAGGCAUGUUUGAUGGCGCAUUUGACAAUACAGGUCGGGGAGUUGACGAUGAAGAAGAGUACGAGGCUGCUGAUGGAGACUGGGGUGAGGGGCUGGACAUAGUUGAUGUGGAUGCAGCCUUGCAAAAUGGAGAUGUUGCCGAAAUUUUGGAACAUGGAGAAGUGGCUGAAGAAAAUGACGAAGAAGGUGGAUGGGAUAUGGAAGAUUUAGAGCUGGGCCCUGAAGCUGACACCCCAAAGGCUUCUAUUGGCACACAGUCUUCCGUUUUUAUUGCCCCGACACCAGGCAUGCCAGUAAGCCACAUAUGGGUGCAGAAAUCAUCACUUGCUGCUGAGCAUGCAGCUGCUGGAAAUUUCGAUACUGCAAUGAGGUUGCUGAACCGACAACUUGGGAUAAGGAAUUUUGCCCCCUUAAAAUCCAUUUUUCUCGAUCUUCAUACUGGCAGUCAUUCCUAUCUGCGUGCAUUUUCAUCUGCUCCAAUCAUAUCACUUGCAGUUGAAAGAGGUUGGACUGAGUCAUCUAGUACAAAUGUGAGAGGCCCCCCAGCACUUCCUUUCAAAUUGUCUCAGCUGGAUGAAAAGCUUAGAGCUGGUUAUAAGUUUUUUACUGCCGGAAAAUUCACUGAGGCUCUUAAGACAUUUGUUAAUAUUCUUCAUACAAUUCCUUUGAUUGUGGUGGAGUCAAGGAGGGAAGUGGAUGAUGUGAAGGAACUGAUUAUCAUAGUCAAAGAGUAUGUUUUGGGUCUGCAGAUCGAGCUGAAGAGGAGAGAAACUAAGGACAAUCCAGUGAGACAGCAGGAGCUUGCUGCUUAUUUCACUCACUGUAACCUUCAGGUGCCUCACUUGAGGUUAGCUUUGUUGAAUGCAAUGAGUGUCUGCUACAAAGCAAAGAACCUUGCCACCGCUGCUAACUUUGCUAGGAGGCUGCUUGAGACAAAUCCCACCAUUGAAAACCAAGCGAAGACAGCAAGGCAAGUGCUGACAGCUGCGGAAAGAAAUAUGACUGAUGCCACACAGUUGAACUAUGACUUCCGAAACCCAUUUGUUACUUGUGGGGCUACGUAUGUGCCAAUCUAUCGAGGACAGAAGGAUGUUGCUUGCCCAUACUGUACUUCCCGUUUUGUGCCAAGCCAGGAGGGGCAGCUUUGUGCUGUUUGUGAUAUUUCAGUAAUAGGUGCUGAUGCUUCUGGACUGCUAUGUUCACCUUCCCAGGUACGCUGA